AUUAAGUGUGUUAAAAAAAUGACAUUACGAAAUUUUAAAAUAGCCAGCCGGCUUAAUUUAUUAUUUUUUUUUGUAUUGUGGAGCUUUGGUAGUAGUGCUCGUGGAUUAAAAUGGAAUAAUGAUUUAAUUGGAAAUAAUAAAAUAACAAAAACUAAAGGUUUAUAUCCGUCAACUUUUAAUGUUGCAUUAAAAGCUGAAAUAUAUGCAAAUGCAACAUGUGGUGAAGAUGGUCCUGAAAAAUAUUGUAAAUUAUCUGACUCACGUAAAUGUGAAAUAUGUGAUGCAAAAAGUCCAGAUCCUGCUAAACAACACAAUAUAUAUAAUGUACUUAAUUCAAAAGCUGGUAAAUGGUGGCAAAGUCCAACAUUGGCACAAGGUGAUCGUUACGAAUACAUUGACAUAACUUUGGAUCUCAAACAGAUUUAUCAAAUUGAAAACGUCAUAGUUAAAGCAGCAAUAUCACCAAAACCUGCAUCAUGGAUUUUAAUGAGAUCAAUUGAUGGUGAAAAAUUUCAAGUAUGGCAAUAUUAUGCAAGAAGUGAAGAAGAAUGUUGGACAAGAUAUUCAAUUCCUUCAACUUCAAAAACUGCUUCACUUGGUGAUGAUGAAGUUGUGUGUACAACAAUGCAUUCACAACAAAAACCUGUUGAAAAUGGCGAGAUUCUUACACGUUUAAUGAACAGAGGUCCUGGUGCUUCUUCUCAUAGCUUGAAUGUUCAAGAAUUUAGUAAAGCAAGAUACAUUAGAUUGAGUCUUCAAGGUCUUCAACGUAAUGGUAACACAAUUGAAGAUAAACAAAGAUCAUUUUAUUCAAUAAGAGAAAUUAGAGUUAUUGGUAGAUGUUUGUGCUCUGGACAUGCAUCAGGAUGUCGUUACAGUAGCACCCAUGAGCGUUAUGUAUGUGAAUGUGAGGGUAAUACUUGUGGUGAAAAUUGUGAUACAUGUUGUCCAUUGUACAAUCAAACUCCAUGGAAAUUAAGAACAUCUGAUAAAGGAUUUCAAUGUGAAAAAUGUAAUUGUCAUGGUCAUGCAAAUUCAUGUAGAUAUGAUAAAAAUAUUGCAUCACAAUAUCUAUCAUUGGAUACAUUUGGACAAUUUAAAGGUGGUGGUGUUUGUAUAAAUUGCACUGAUCAUACAACAGGAAUUAAUUGUGAAAAAUGUCAAAAUGGAUAUUACAGACCAAAUGGAGUAUCACCUUAUGCUUCUCAGCCUUGUAAACUUUGUGAUCAUUGUAGUUUAAGAGGUAGUACUGGUUUUUGUACACCUGAUGAUAAUUAUACAGGCAAGGUAGCAGGUGCUUGUGAUUGUAAAAUUGGAUACUCUGGUUAUAAGUGUGAUCAAUGUGCAGCAGGUUAUCGACAAUAUCCAGAAUGUAUGCGUUGUCCAUGUGAUUCAAGAGGUAUUUUACCAUCACACGAUUGUGAAGGUGAAUGUCUUUGUAAAAUGCAUGUUGAUGGUGAAUUAUGUGAUCGUUGCAAGUCUGGUUAUUUUGCUUUGAGCCAUGAUAAUCAUGAUGGUUGUUUAAAAUGUGAUUGUUUUGGUAUUGCUAGUGAUUGCAAAGCUGCAAGACUUAGAUAUGAAUCAAUAUCAACUAUUGAGGGUUGGCGUGUAACAGACAUAAAAACAACAAGAAUAAUUUCUCCAACUUUUGAUCCUGAAAGUGGAUGUCUGAUAAUUACAUCAAAUGAACUUGAAUUUGAUACUCCAUUCUGGCUUGCACCAAAAUUAUAUUCAGGAAAUCGUUUGUCUUCUUAUGGAAGUACUUUAUCUUAUAGAGUUUCUUGGUCUGUUAUGCGAGGUGAUACUAGUGGUAAACCAAACAUUGAGCCAAACAUUGUCCUUGUCGGAGCAAAUGGCAUGACAAUUGCUUGUGGUAAAGAACAAUACACAACUCAAGAAGCUAAUAUUUUGAUUGUUCUUACUGAGCAUAAUUGGUAUCAUGUUCAAAGUGAUAUGAUAAGUCAAACCAUUGAUUAUCAUGGUGAGCCAGUUACAAGAGCCGAGUUCUUACGUGUAUUAACUGAUAUCAAAUACUUGAUGAUUCGUGCCAAGUAUCAUUCAGAACAAGUAGAUGGAAGUUUUCAUUCAGCUAUUUUGCCAAUUGGUGAACAUUCAUAUAAUGAUGGUAUUGAAAGUUUAGUUGAACAAUGCUAUUGUCCAGAAGGAUAUGCUGGUUUUUCAUGUGAAAAUUGUGCUUGGGGUUAUGCAAAAAUAAUAACAAAUAGUUCAAGUUAUAAUAAUCAUCAUGAAUGUAUUAAAUGUGACUGCAACAAUCAUGCUGGAACGUGUGAUCUUUUUCUGGGUCAAUGUGAGGUUUGUGAGCAUCAUACCAUUGGAAUUAAAUGUGAAAGAUGUGUAUCUGGAUUUUAUGGUGAUCCAACAAGAGGUUCUUCAAGUGAUUGUAAACCAUGUGCUUGUCCAUUGAUUGAAUCAUCAAAUCAAUUCAGUCCAAGUUGUCAAUUAGAUGAUAGUUCAAAUGACAAUUAUGUUUGUACUCAAUGUCUUGAAGGAUACACUGGUGAUCAUUGUGAAAGUUGUGAUAUUGGUUAUUUUGGAGAUCCAACAAAACUUGGUGAUAAAUGUAAACCUUGUCCUUGUAAUGGUGGAACAUGUGAUCAAAAAACUGGUGAUUGUUUAGAGUGUCGAGGAAAUACAGAUGGUCCAAAAUGUGACAGAUGUAAAGAGUCAUAUUAUGGUGAUCCAAUUGAGCAAAAUUGUACAGCAUGUAGCUGUAAUUCACUUGGAAGCAGAUCAAAUCUAUGUGAUACAACAAGUGGACAAUGUCUUUGUAAGCCAUUUUUUACAGCUCUUGAUUGUUCAUCAUGUGUAUCAGGCUAUGGUAAUGUUACUGCUGGAUGUCAAGAAUGUGAUUGUGGUAUAGGAGCUGAUACUAUUCCCUGUGAUUCAUUUACUGGAAUUUGUAUUUGUUUGCCAGGAGUUGUUGGUAAUAAAUGUGAUCGUUGUGAUAAAGAUCAUUAUGGAUUAUCAAAAAAUGGUUGUUAUGAAUGUCAAUGUAAUGUAAUUGGCUCGUAUUCAACAUCAUGUGACAUUAAUACUGGACAAUGUGAUUGCAGAGAAAAUUUUAUUGGAUCCAAGUGUCAUCAAUGUGAGGUGGGUUAUUGGGGUAUAACAACUAAAAAUAGUUGUAUCCCAUGUAAUUGCAACGCAGUUGGAUCUUUGGAUUUGUCUUGUGAUGAUACAGGACAGUGUCAAUGUCGUCCAGGUGUAACUGGAAAACAAUGUGAUAGUUGUAAGCCAGGAUACUAUGGUUUUACAUCAAAUGGUUGUCAAGUUUGUGAACGAUGUGAUAAACUGGGUCACAUAUGUGAUCAAGAUACAGGUAGUUGUCGUUGUCCAAAAUUAAGUUUUGGUGAACAUUGUGAUAGAUGCAGACCAGAUUCUUAUGGAUUAAUACCAGGAAUUGGAUGUAAGUCUUGUGCUUGUGAAUCGGGUUCAAUAAAAUCACAAUGUGAUUCAAAUGGACAAUGUCGCUGUCGAUUGGGUUUUCUUGGUCUCAAAUGUGAUCAAUGUGCACCAGGUUAUUAUGGUUAUCCAAGAUGUAAACCUUGUGGAUGUAAUAGAGGAGGAACAAUUAAUUGUAUCAAUGGUAAUUGUUCUUGUGAUCAUACUGGACAAUGUCCAUGUAAAAAACAUGCAAUAGGAAAACGUUGUGAUGAAUGUGAACCAGGUACAUUUGGAUUAGAUCAAAAUAAUCCAAAUGGUUGUACAAAAUGCUUCUGUUUUGGUCGAUCAACUUCAUGCUCUCAGGCAAAUCUUAGCUGGAGUCAACAACGUUUAUUACAACCAAGAGCUCUUCGUAUCAAUGGAUCAUCUAAUUUUAUUUCAAUAACUAAUUAUGGAUUUACCGUGACUAUAUCAAUGUCCAAUAGAGGUCUUAAUGUUACAAAUGGAUUAUCAAUAAUUCCAGAAGACAUAGGUGAUAUUACAUUGCCUCAAAGUUUUUCAUACAAUUAUCCUUUGUACUGGAAAUUGCCAGUUAAUUUUCUCGGUGACAAAAUCAAUUCAUAUGGAGGUUUAUUGAAAUUUAAAACUGUAACUAAUGAUGGAAAAAAAAAAUUAUCAGAUUAUUUAAAUCCACUUGUUCAAAUUCAAGGAAAUAAUAAAAUUAUUCUUGAGUAUUAUCAAUUGCCAUCGGUUAAUGAUGAUUAUAAUGAAAUAAGAUUACACGAAUCACUGUGGCAAAUUAGAAAUAAACCAGAAAUACCAGUAUCAAGAGAAGUAUUUAUGGUUGCAUUACAAAAUGUUCAGCAUAUAUUUUUAAAAGCAUCAAAUUAUUUAGAAUUUGAAGAAGUUAAAUUACUUGAGGUAUCAUUAGAAAUUGCUAUUAAAGUACCUCGGUACUCAUUGCCAAUAGCAACUGGUGUUGAAAUAUGUGAAUGUCCUGUUGAAUAUAAUAAUACAUCUUGUCAAGAUCCAAGUCUUGGUUAUCAUCGAUGGUUUAAAAAUGAAACAAUUGAAUCAAUAAAUGUAAUUGAUUUAGUGGGUGAAGCACGAGCAUGUCAGUGUAAUGGAAAAUCAGAAAUAUGUAAUAUUGAAACUGGUGAUUGUGUUGAUUGUAAAUAUAAUACAGCAGGAAAAUAUUGUGAUAUUUGUACUGAUGGAUAUUAUGGUAAUCCUGAUUAUGGUGGUUGUAAACCAUGUGAAUGUCCAAAUAUAAAUAAAAAAUCAUCAAUUAGUUGUAUUGUUGGCAAUAAUGAACAAGUUAUUUGUCAUUGUAAACUUGGUUAUUCAGGUGAACGAUGUGAAAGAUGUGCUUAUGGUUUUUAUGGAUAUCCAAAAUCAAUUGAUGGUACAUGUAAACCUUGUAAUUGUAAUUUAGCUGGAAGUGCUAGUGAUGAAUGUGAUGAAGAAACUGGUCAAUGUAAUUGUAAAUUAGGCUCAACUGGUCGUGAUUGUUCACAGUGUACAAAUUAUCGACAUGUAUUGAUAAAUAAUUCAUGUAAAUCAUGUGAUGAUAAUUGUACUGGUAUUCUUCUGGAUGAUAUUGAAAAAAUGACAAUAUUUUUAGAUACUGAAACUGUUGAUAUUGCCAAUGGAUAUAUACCACUACCAUGGCUAAAAUUAUCAUCAUUCAAUGAAAGCUUAACAACAACAUUUGAUGAAAUAAAAAUUCUUGAAAAAUUCGAAAAACUAUUUAAAAAUAUACAAUGGUUAAAUUUUAAAAUUUUCAUGCAAAAAUUUGAAGGUAUAUUUAAUAAUGCUGUUAAUACAAUGAGCAAUUCAUGGGAUACUAAAAUAAAAUCUGAAUUAUUAAAAAAUAAUAUAUCAACUUUGUUGGAUGACAUAAAAAAUUUACGUAAUUCAUUGAAUAUUAUAACAAUUGAAAUUGUUGAAUUUGGUGAUAAAAUAAAAAAAGUAGGAUUAAAAAAAUCACUUGAAGAAUCAAUUGAAAUGUUGAAUGAAUUGAGAAGUGUUAAUUUUGAUAAAAAAAAAAAACAAUGUUAUGAUAUUAUUGAUAAAACAACUGAUCUUAUUGAAUGGCUUGAAUCGAAAUUAAUUUUAUCAGAAUCUCUUGAAGAUACAAAGAUAAAUAUCAUGAAAUUAUUAAUGAAAUAUGAUGAUUUAAAACCUCAUAUUAAAAAAACAAUUGAAAAUUUUAUGACCUAUGAAAUAAUUUACAGUCAAAAUAAUAAUUCAUAUAAUCAUAUUAAAAAUCAAAAUGAUAAUAUUGACAUUGUUAAUGCUGAUGUUCGUGGUAUGAUUGAUGAAGGAGUUAAAUUAUAUCAAGAUGCUGAUGAAUUUAUUAUUGACAGUAGCAAUGAUGUUGCUAAUUUUCAAUCAAUAAAAAGUAAAUUAAGCUAUUGCUCUGAAAAAUUAUAUGAAAAAGAAGGAAUUUCAUACAGAUUGAAUAACGAGUACAAUGAAAAAUAUGUUAUUGAAGCUAAUAAACAUGUUAUAAAAUUAACUGAUUUUGUAAAUCGUUAUGUUGCACUAUUUGAUCAAACACGUAAUGAUGCAUCUAACUCUCUUAAAGCCAGUUCAGCAUAUAAAAAUAUUGUUGAUAAAAUAGCAAAUGCAAGAUUAUCAGCAACAAUUGCUAAAGAUACAGCAAUUGAAUCAUACAAUAAAAUUUAUUCAAAUGAUUAUCAAUCGAAAUCAUUACUUGUUAAUGUAACAGAAAUAUCAACAAAAUCAUUGAAACACUUUGAAGCCUCAAAUAAUCUUGCUCUAUCAGUUAAUUCAUUAAAAAAUAAAUGGGAUGAUCAUACAGAUGCUGUUGUUGAUUUAAAAAAUUCAUUAAAUAUGACAGGAAUAAAAGAUAAUAUAAUAAAUAUUAAAUUACGUGAAUUAAAAGGUGUUUGUGAACAACAACGUAAUCGUUUAUUAAAUUUAAAAAAUGAUCAUCAAAUACUCAUUGAUUCAGCAACGUCAUUUGAUAAAUUAAUAAACGAUUAUGAAAUUGGAAUUUCAAGUGGUUUAAAAUCACAAUUAUAUGAUUUUAAACGUGAAGGUGAUUCAAAAAUAAGUUUUGCUAGUGAAAAAUUAACUGAAGCACAAAGUAUUAUUAAAAAAACUGAUGCUAAAUUAAUAAGUCUUGCUCAUGCAGCAGAUAAACGUCAAAAUGAAUUUAAAGGAUGGAAUGAAACACUUGCUGAAAAAUUAAAUAAUUUAAGAAUUAAAAUAUCUGAAGCAAGAAAUACUGCUGAUGGUAUACGUAUAUCAUUAAAAUCAAGUGAAGGUAAAAAAUGUAUUAGAUCAUAUAAUUCAAAUGUUAUAGAAUCAUCAACAACAACAUCAAUUGUCAUGACAUUAGCAAUAACACAACAUAAAACUGAAGGUGCAUUAUUCUACUUAGCAAGUAGUACAAGUGAUGAUUUUAUUGCACUUGAAAUGAUUGAUAAUAAAAUUAAAUUUUUAUGGAAUGUUGGUGGUGGAACGGGUAUAGUAAUACAUCCAGAAAUACUAGAAGUUGGUGAUUCACAAAUUGAUAAAAAUUGGUAUCGUAUAACAGCAAUAAGAACUAGAAAUACUGGUACAUUAACUGUUCAAAAAGAAAUAUUAACAACACAAAAAAUAAUAACAGUUGCGAAUAAUACAAAUGCAGAUUUUGGAUUAUUUGAUGUAACAAAUAAUGAUCAUAUAUGGCUUGGUGGUUUACCACAAUUUCAACGACGUCCACCAGAAUUAAUAGCAUCAAAUGGUUUACCUGGUUGUGUUCAUCAAGUUAUAUUUAAUGAUAAACCAAUUGGUAUAUGGAAUUAUAUUACAACAUCACCAAAUAAAGCUUGUGGUGCUUGUGUUGAAGGUGCUGAAAUACCACGAGAAGAUAGUACAUAUAGUUUUAAUGGUAAAGGUUAUUCAGUAAGAAAUAGAGUAUCAUCAGGACCAUAUAAUAAAUAUACAUUUGGUGUAUCAUUAAGUUUUAAAACAUUUGAUGAAAAUGCAUUAUUAUUUUUAGCAUUAAAUCCAGAUAAUAAUCAACAUGUUAUGAUUUUUUUACGUGAAGGAUAUGUUGUAUUACAUAUUGGAUAUGGUGGUAAAAUAUCAAUUGAAAUGUCAUCAAAAUAUAAAUAUAAUAAAGGUAAUUGGACAAAAGUUGAUGCAUUUAGACAAUAUCAAUUAAAAAAAAAUAUUGAAAAAUGUAGUCUUAAUAUUAAUGGUGAAGAUGAUAAAAAAAUUGGUGCACCAACACCACAACCAAAAAAAGAAGAUAUACCAGAUUUAUCACAAGCUAUGUAUUACAUUGGUGGUGUACCACCAAGUUUUUAUAAACGAAAAUUAUCAUUACCAACAACAUCAUCAUUUUUGGGUUGUAUAUCAAAUAUUAAUGUACAAGAAGGCUAUGAUCCAAUGGCAGAAAAAUAUUAUGGUGUUGAAUCUGGUUGUACAAAUAAACCAAUAAAUAUUGUUGGUUUUUAUGGUAAUAGUUAUUUAGAACAUCAAUCAUUUACAUUUAAAAAAAUAACAUCAAUAUUUAGUUUUUCAUUUCGUAGUACACAACAAGAAGCAGUAUUAUUAUUAUCAACAUUUGAAAAUCAAAAUAAUCAACAAGAACAAAAUAAUAAUGAUCAUGAUAUUAAUAAAAAUAUGUAUUAUUCAGUUGCAAUUGUUGAUGGAAAAAUUCAAAUACGUAUUAAUGCUGGUAAAGGUGAAUUAAUUCUUCAAUCAAAUGAUACAUUUAAUGAUGGUGAAUAUCAUACAAUAACAAUUAUUAAAGAAAGAAAAGAAAUAACAUUAAGAAUUAAUGAUAAUUAUCAAUCAAGUGGUAAAUUAUCAUCAAGUACAGCAAUUAAAGGACCACAAUUUGGUGGUCUUUAUUUUGGUGGUUUACCAGCAUCAUUAAAUACAACAAAAAUGAUUGGUUCAAUUGUUCCACUUUAUGGAGCAAUUAGAAAUACAAUAUUUAAUGAUAAAAUAUUAAGAUUUGAAGAAGCAUUAACAUUUGAUAGAGCAAUUAUUGGACGUUCAGGACCAAAUAUUGGUAAAAAUUUAUCAUCAUCAUUAUCAAGAAGUAUGUCAUCACAACCAGAAGGUUGUCAAAAAGUACCAUAUUAUUCAUUAGAACCAGGUGCAUUAAUGUUUGGUGAUAAAUCACAUAGUCAUACACAAUUAUAUUUAAAUUUUAAAAAAUUUUGGGAAAAAAAAUAUACAAUUGAAUUUGAUUUUCGUACAUAUUAUCCAAAUGGUUUAUUAUUUAUAACACCAGGAAUAAGAAGAAAACAAUAUCUUAUGUCAAUAAUACGUGAUGGACAACUUGUAUUAUUACUUAAAAGUAAAAAAAAAAAAGAAAUAAUAUUUAAAACAUUAUUAAAUGAUGGUAAUUGGCAUCAUAUUAUUAUAAAUUAUGAUGAACGUAAAAUGUUAAUGAUUGUUGAUUCACAAGAACCACGUACAAUAAAAGUACCUAAAAAAAUUGGUCUUGAAUCAAUGAUGUAUAUUGGUGGUAUGCCAGAAAGUGGUACACCAUUUCCUGAUCAAGUUGUUGCUAAACUUGAAACACUUAAAGGUUGUAUUAGAGGUUUAAAAGUUAAUGGUAAUAUAUAUGAUAUGGUUGGUUCAACAAGUAGAGCAGUAUCUGUUGGACAAUGUUUUUCUGAUGUUGAAAGUGGUGCAUAUUUUCAAGGUGAUGCAUAUGCUGUUUAUAAAAAAAAAUAUGAACUUGGUUCAAUUAUUGAUAUACAACUUGAAUUUAGAACAUCUGAAUUAUCUGGUAUACUUUUAUCAAUAACAUCAUCAGAUGGUUUAACAUUAUUAACAUUAGAAAUUAAUAAUGGUAAAAUUAUUAUGUUUGGUGGUACUAAUGAAGAAAAUUUUUUAAAUGUUGAACAACAAUUUUCAAGUUCAUAUACAAUAUGUGAUAAUCAAUGGCAUAAAAUUCAUGGCGUACUUAAUUAUGAAGAACUUACACUUAAAGUUGAUGAUCUUGAUAAAAAAUAUGGGCUACCAGUUAAUCUUGAUGAUCAUUUUACAACAUCUACAUCACCAGGCUCUCUGUACAUUGGUGGUUUACCAAAUUCUUUACAAUCAAUAACUUCCACAACUCGGGAUCACUUCAAUGGUUGCAUUAAAAAUGUAAUUAUUGAUAAUGAGAGACGAGACUGGACGGACAUGGCUGAACUUCAUAACAUUCAUUUGAGCUCAUGUCCUAUACCUUAAGUACACAAAAUAUUAUGUAUUAAAUUACAUAAAUUUAUAUUGUACUGAGUAUUUAUUCUGUUAAGACUGUUUAACAAUAACUUUUUUAAAGAGUAAUGGUUAAUUAAAAAGAAAAAACUGACAAUAUUAAUUACACGUCAGCUCAUAUUAAUUU